AAGGAAUGGGACAAGGGAGGUUGUAGGGACAGACUGAUCUGAAGUUCAGAGAGGUCUCAAGGAGUUGAGAAGGAUGCUAACUACAAUUUUACUGAUUUGUGGGACUGUUGGGCUGCUGAAAUCAGACACACAUUCAAGGUAUCCUGGUCAUCACCAUCACAGGCAAAGGCCACACGUUCAUCAGAUGCCUGCACCUCCUCAACCAUCGUCUCCAGCUGAGGAAUUCUGGAGAGGGGAGUCGGUCCAAGACGAAACUUCCAAUAUUGAGGCAGAAGUGGAUGAUUCUUACCCUGGAAGUCAGCAAUCCAGAAAUGAGAACUGGUGCUCCUCUGUUCUGUUUCAGCCUGCCACGUACGUUGCAGUUUGCAAGACAGAGAAAUAUAUAAUUAGGGCACAGCAACCAUGUCCAAAUGGGACUCCAGACUGCCAGAAGGUCAUGUACAGAACAGCUUUGAAACCAGUCUACAUGAUCAAACAAAAAGUUGUAAGCUUUUUACACUGGAAGUGUUGCCCAGGCUACGUGGGCAAGAACUGUGAACAAUAUGACCCAGCUCUGUUUCCAGUGGGUACCAGUCAGCCAGAAUCCUGGGAAGAGGCACUCUCGAACCAUGGAGAUAUUACAGAAACCCAUCAAAGUCAUGAAGUGCUGCUGGAAGAUCUGCAGAAUGAUAUCCAUCAGGCGGCAAACAGUCUGGGAAUCUUACAGAAGGUGCUUCAUCUCAACAGCACCAAGAGAAACAGAGGCAUGAACCAGGACCAGUUAGAAGUCCAGCAGAUGCUCUUUCUCCACAUAAACAGUUUCCUAAAGGAACAUUUUAAUCCCAUCUGGGCAAGCUUCAAUAAAAGUCUACAGGAUCUUUCCAUUGCCGUCCAAAACCUUUCGCAGAAUGUUGAAGCUAAUCGGAAGGGCAUAGAGAGAUUCCGAGAGAGUUCUGUGCCCAGGCAAGAUUUCCAAGAGCUAGGGACAAAGUUUGAAUCCAAAGUUCAAGCAAACGUUUUGAGGGCAGACCAGAUGAAGCGAGAAAUGGACCGUCAUUACCAUCUACAACAGGCAGUCAUCCACUACAAUCUCACUAUGAUCAAAGCAGAUACUGACCUGAAGCUCAAAAGACACCAUAAGAUGCAGCAAUCUUUUUUAGUAGCAUUAAACAACAGUAUGGCCGACAUGAGACAAGAGCAAAAUAAGCUUCAUAAUGAGCUUGAGGUCCUAAUUAGAAAUUUUGCUGUGUUCCCAAGAAAAUUAGGCAAUCAGAAUGAGGUGUUUCCUGAUAUAGAUAUUCAGAGCCUCAAUCAGACCUUGGAAAAACAUGCUCAAGAGCUAAAGAAACUUGAUCAGGAGUCUCAUAAAGGCUAUGAAGAACUAACUCAUUCCAUCACAAGGUUAAAAGACAACUCAAAACGCGACAUAGAGGACUUCAGAAUACGAUUAAUAGAGGGGAACCUCAUGAUAGAUGAAUAUAGAGAAGAUGUAGAAAGGAAGAUUUUAGCUCUUAAUAACACUCUGGCAGGUAUUCAAGAAAGCCACUGGAAUCUACGGAAGUCCAUGAAGGCAUGCUGCUGUGAAGACCAGCCUUCAAGGACUGAUAUAGAAGAGUUAACUAACACCACCCAGAUGCACGGAGAACAUAUAAAACAUCUGGAGGCACGUUUAAAAGAUCUUGCUGCUGCUUUCCCUAUUAUACAUCAAUCUUUGGACUUCCAGCAAGAAGAAACUCGGAAGCUGGAAGGUGACAUGUCUCUUUUAAAAACCCAUUCUGAAGCUUUGUCUGAGAAUGUUGAUGUGCUAAAAAAAACCAGUGAGAAGAUGCAUGGUCACAUCAAGUAUCUCAACAGUUCUUUCAACUCUUUGAUGGUAGAUGCAGUGAGACAUGAGACUGCACUUGAGGUCUUGCUUGGAGAGGAAAUUAUGGAAGUCCUCUCUGAAGAAGAGUUAACUCCACCCACAGAUCAACUUCAACUGAUGAACAUGAAAUUGAUUUCAGACAAUCUCAAGAAGCAAAAUAUGACAUUAGAAUCUCUUAAGAAGAGAAUACACUCUUUGGAGACAGAUCAUGAGAAUAACCCACAUACUCAUCAAUCUUUGAAAGAUCCUGAUACUGAGAAACAAAUAGAGCUCAACCCCCAACAUAGUAGAGUAGCAUAUAUGGAGCCAAACCAUGAAGCUGCCAUGGAGGAUGCCCUAGACAAUCCAGCAUAUCAUGAUAUUAUGACCCUAAAAAGAGAAAUUGGACACCUUACCAAAGAGAUGAAGAAAUAUGAACUCCAGUGGGAUCAUAUUCACUCCUGCUGUAAUCAGACUAAGGCCAGCCUAGACGAUCUCCUCAGUGUUUCAGUGCAGGAGGUGAGGGAAGAUCUUGUAGCAGCCAAACAAAACUUUGAAGAACAUCUAGAGAUCUUUCAGAAGUUGUUUGGAAAUAGUAAGGAGUUGGCUGCCUCAAAUGUAAGCCUGGAUGUAGCAAAGCUUCAAUUACUGAUGAGCAGAAAGACAAGGAAGGAGCUUAAAGUGCAGGGACAGCAAAACAUGAAAGGCAAGAAAAGGGUCCAUGGCCACAGAGAAGGCACUUUGAAUGGAAGAAACAGGAUAAAUGCAGAAAUCCUGGAGGCAGGCAUGGCAGUGGCUUUUUAUGUGCGAUACGCUGAAGACAAAGAGGAACAGUUGGUCUUCAACAGGACAUACCUCAACUAUGGAGGAGGUUAUUCUCAUGAGCAUGGCUACUUCAAGGCAUCUCACAGCGGUGUUUAUAUGGUGGCUGUCAGUGCUGAGUUUCCCCCAGGACCUGCCCUUGGACAACUAGUCUUCAGCAAUGGGGACAGAAUGACUCUAAUAAACAACAAGAAGUCCAGUGGUGAUUAUACAACUCUGUUUGCGCUGGUGGAACUGGAGAAAGGAGACCUGAUGUGGUUUGAACUGGUGCAAGGUGCUGCAGUGAGACAGAACUCAGUUGGAUUGAGCAUGGCAGGAUUUCUGCUAUUUAAAACUUGAGAAAGAACACCUU